AAGACCCAACACCAUAUAUAUAUUGACCCUUGGCUUCACGCUCUACAGAAAGCAAAACACAAAUUUAGGGUUUGCGUUGAUAACGAAAGCAUAAAUCAAAGAUGAUUGAGGUCGUGUUGAACGAUCGAUUGGGUAAGAAAGUGAAGGUGAAGUGCAAUGAAGAUGACACAAUUGGUGAUUUGAAGAAGCUUGUUGCUGCUCAGACUGGUACACGUGCCGACAAGAUUCGUAUUCAGAAGUGGUACAAUGUCUAUAAAGACCAUAUUACCCUUAGGGAUUACGAAGUUCAUGAUGGCAUGGGCCUUGAGCUUUACUACAACUAGAUAAACCACAAUAGGUUUAUCAUGCGAUGGAAAUACACUGGUGGACGUGUCUCAGCUGCUGUGUUUUAAAUAAAAGAUUGAUUGUUGGUUUGUAAUGUAAAGUUUGGCAUGUUUAAUCAACUCAGAAGGAAAAUGCUCAGCUUUGUGAAUGUUAUGUGACUGAUUGGUAUUUUGCCUUGUGGUACAAGGGUUACAUAUGUGCUCAGAUUUUCUUAUUAAAAGAUGUGGUUGGCAAUUAUUAAUUUCGCUGUAGAAAAGUAAAAUUUGUGACUGA